AUGAGGCUCUUAGAGAUUAGCUUCAGCUCGAAUAACAAGCUUGAUUCCGAUAGAAAAUUUCAACUUGCCCAAGAACUAGGGUUGCCACCUAGGCAAAUCGCAAUAUGGUAUCAAAACAAGCGAGCACGAUGGAAAAGUCAAAGCCUUGAGGUUGACUAUAAGACCUUGCAACAAAGACUAGAUAAUGCCCUUGAGGAUAAUGAGAAGUUGAAAUUGGAAGUUGAGAGGCUAAGAAAAGAGCUAAACAAAAAUCAAGAAGUGUUGUUGGGAUUCAACACCACAACUACUAAUAAUUAUUCAUCAAUUUCAAGUUCUUGUGAUGAAGUUGGGAGUACUUCAUGUUUGCAACUUCAUGAUCAAUCCAAGCAUAAUCAUCUUGAUAAGGAUUUUUAUGCUUGUUUAAUUGGUGAUGAAGGUCACUUUGGGACACAUGAUGGGCAUAAUUUCUUUGCUUCAUCUUUGUCUUGA